AUGUUGGCAUGGGAUAAUUCAACCGUCUGCGUCGACUUAAACAAGAUCCUUCCGAUCAGUUCCCUAAGGCACCAACGACUCCUGGAUUAUGUUUUCCAAUCAUACCCGAAAGCCGGGCCUUUCUUCACCGUCAAGGAUUUCAACGACUGGUUUUCCUACUUACCACAAGCAUGGCUUCCUACUUCGAAGAAAUACAACGACCCCUACAGGUCUUUGUUACCGGACGGUGGAGUCAUUAAAUUUACCCAUAGCGACCUCCACUGA